UACGCGGUCGGCGUGGCUCGACCGGCCAGUUCGUCGAAAACGUUGUACGUCGACGGUGACGCUCUGCCGUCGGCUUAUCUGCCUGCGUUGACUAGGAUUGCCACUCGGACGUGUCGGACGCCAGCCGUUUGUCCUCACCGAAGAACUCGUUGGCGACUCGGGCCUUCAGGACGGCUGUCCAGGAGACUCGAAUUUCGCUCCGAAAUUUAACCGAGACUCCUGUCCGAUCCUCGACGAGGACAUUCGCGGCGACUAGCGAUCGAGAGCGAUCGUUGCUUCCUUCGUCGGCUAUCCAGGCGAUCGGGAUGACCAUCUCGGUGGCCGACCUGGACAUGAACAAGGAGGCGAUCGGGCGUUGCGCGCGGCGUGGGCAUCGUCUUCGCUUCUGGAUCGCCUGGAUCUACUGCGGCAUCUUUCUGAUAAGCGCCUCCGUCUUCUACCUGUUCUGGUGCACGGACACGUUCAACGACUACGUGCGAUCGCAUAUGGAACUGCGCAACGGCAGCCGCACCUUCGACUGGUGGCAGCGUCCGCCCUUCGAGCUCAAGUACAGGAUCUACAUCUUCAAUUACACCAACGUGGACGACUUCGAGGCGGGGGUGGCGAGCAAGCUGCGCGUCCAGGAGCUCGGUCCCUACGUGUACCGCGAGAAGGUGAGCCGCACGAACGUGGCGUUGCACGACAACGGCACGGUCACCUUCCAGAACAAGAGGUCCUUCGAGUGGGCGGGCGGCCGGGUCGGCAACGACACCGUCGUCGUGCCGAACGUGCCGCUCAUGUUCACCACCGCGUACGUCCGAGACCUGGGCUUCACCGUGCGAUUCCUGACCAACACGAUGCUGUCGGCUCUGCAGGAGCAGCCGUUCAUCGAUCUCACCGCCGACGGCUUCCUCUGGGGAUACGACACCAAGCUCUUCGAGAUGUCCAAGUCGCUGAUGAUGUUCGAGCGGGACGUGCCCUUCGAAAAGUUCGGCAUGAUGGUCACGAAAAACGGCAUCGACGCGGACCGCAUCACGAUGCACACGGGAUCGCGAGGCAUCGAAAACCUCGGCAUGAUCGACCGAGUGAACGGGAUGGACAACCGGCACGUCUGGGGCGACGAGCGGUGCGACAAAAUCGGGGGCAUCGAGGGCAGCGUGUUCCCACCCCACUUGAUAGAGGACACGAGCAAGCCCAUUUACGUGUACUUCAAGGAUAUUUGCAGGAAUAUACCCUUCCACUUCACCGAACAAGUGACCACCUACGACAUACCUUCGUUAAGAUAUAAAUUUACCCCCGACGCAUAUAACUUUUCGGACAAGCAGAACGAGUGUUUCUGCCCGAAGGUACACGGCACGAGGGUCUGCCCGCUCGCGGGACUCUUCAAUAUGUCCGUGUGCAGCUAUGGCUCGCCCGUGCUCUCGUCGUUUCCGCAUUUUUACGGCGCCGACAAGUCCCUGCUGGAGCAAAUAGACGGCUUGAAUCCUCGGCAGGAGGAUCACGAGAGCUACCUAGAUUUACAUCCCCGCUUAGGGGUUCCCAUGGCCGGCUGGUUGAGGCUGCAAGUGAACCUGGAGGUGCAACAGGCGGUCGGCGUGCCGUUCCUCGGUAAGCUGAAAGACGGCGCGAUCCUACCGCUUAUGUGGGUUGAGGCUGGAACAGAGGAGAUCCCGGAAGAGCUAUUGGAGAGCCUUCAGCAAGCGCAUUUCAUGGCGACCAACGUGGAGAUGGCCUUCCAAUGGAGCAGUCUGAUAAUAAUGAUACUCUCCUUGAGUGCCGUAAUUGCCUGCCUCUGGAAAUAUCGCGCGGAGCCGAGCGUCGUUGUCCAAAGUAACACGUUCAUUCGGAACAACCUUCGCGAGGUGCCCUGAUCGGAACGGGAGCCGCUCGGGAAGAAGGACCGAACGAGCGGAGAUCGUCGAUCCACCCAGAAAGAGAGGAUUCCGAGGUAUUGCGGAUGUGUACAAGACAUUAAAGGGUCUAAGUUUUUAGACGUAUCGAACUGUUUCAACGUCUCCUGGGAUGUCCGUGUUCAACGUUCGACUCGAGGCAGAAGAUGCGAGUCGUUAGUCCCUCGUAAAGUUGCACAAGAGGACGAAUUUGCAUCGUCACGCAGAGCUAGGUAACGUUAAUAAUGAUUGUUGUGCAAGCACGUGGAGGGAGUCCGUUCUUGUGAACAAUCUAAACGUGAUAAUGACAAUUAGCACGUUUCUCGGAGACAAAAAUAAUGCUGAUCGCGCGAAUAUUGACUCGUCUGUUUCGUAAAAUAUCGCGCUUGAACAAAGCGUUUGCCAGGCGACUUUACUUUGGAUUAUCCUGCGAAUAAAUUAGGGACGAUACUUACUGUUCGUCGUGCAAUAACACUUACAAAAAUAUGAAUAAAAAUGUAAACGUUCGUGCGCGAAGUUGACAAAACUUUUUCUCGGGUAAGUACGAAUU